AUGACCUUUCUUUCAAUCUUUCAACGGCGUAAAUCUUCUUCUGCCCAGAAAUCCAAAAAGUUCCCCUUCUCUUCUUCUUCUUCUUCUUCAGCAUCCACCAAUUCGUCUACAAAUCAAUCUUCUUCCAAUAAAAUCCCCUUUGAUUCUUUCUUAGGAGAUGAACCUCUCUCAGAUGCCGAAACUGCUGCUUUAAGUGUGGGCGAUAGCCAUAACCACCGUUAUCAACAAGCUUAUUAUCCUUUUAAUCUACCUAAUUCCAAUUCCAAUUCCAAUUCCACUUCCAAUUCCAAUUCAAAUUCAAAUUCAAAUUCAAAUUCUUCAAGAAUUCCAGCAGAAGUAUUAGCAGCAACACCUGAACCAGAAACAAAUGGUCAUCUAGUAAGAGGACCUUCAAGAAGGGCUUCUUCAUAUUCGUCUUCUUCUUCUUCUGCAUCAUCAUCAUCUAGAGGCAUUACAAUCCAUAGUGCACCUCCUUCUCGUCGACCAUCUUCACCAUUUCCAUUUCUUACAAAGUCAUCUCCAGGCUCUAUUAAACCCAGUCCAGCUACUAAUAAUACACCACCUAAUUCCAAUGGCCGUAAGCUUAUUAUGACUUCGCAACCUUGUACUUCCCGAUAUUCUACUAUUGAAGACUUGUUGGUUUCUCCUUCAUCUUUAUCAAAUUCUAUGCCACUUGUUCCUCCAAUGAUUAGUCCCUCUUCUGGGGCUACAUCUGUAUCGUCUUCUCCACGGUCUGGGAGUGCAGUAUCGUUGCCUUUGGCUAAUGGAAAUGUUUCAAGACGGUCAUCUGUCAAGCGGUUUCUGAGGGGUCCAGUAGUUGGUGGUACUAGUACUAGUAGUGGUAGUGGUAGUAGUAGUGGUACUGUUAAUGUUGAUGUUGAUGGUAGUGAUAGUGGUAGUGGUAGUGGUAGUGGUAGUGGUAGUGGUAGUGGUAGUGGUAGUGGUAGUGGUAGUGGUAGUGGUAGUGGUAGUGGUAGUGGUAGUGGUAGUGGUAGUGGUAGUGGUAGUGGUAGUGGUAGUGGUAGUGGUAGUGGUAGUGGUAGUGGUAGUGGUAGUGGUAGUGGUAGUGGUAGUGGUAGUGGUAGUGGUAGUGGUAGUGGUAGUGGUAGUGGUAGUGGUAGUGGUAGUGGUAGCGGUAGUGGUAAUGGUAAUAGUACUAUUGAAAGUACCAGUGGUGAUGUGAGUAGCCCAGACUUUGAUAGUUUCUCUCUUCCUUCACCUUCUCUAACAUCCUCCUCCUCCUCCCCAAGAAACCCCCUCUCUCGCUCAGGCUCCGAGCCCUGUGCCCCACCGCUCCACCUUUCGUCUUCCUUAUCAACCCCCUCUUCUCACCCACCAACAUCCCCCUCUCCUUCAUUUUCUUCUACCAGUAAACCAAUCUCUUCCUCCAUAUUUGAACGCUCCGUCCAAGAUCUCAAAGCUGUUUCAGAUAAAAUCCCACAGCAUUAUGCCUCCGAUGAUUUCAUUCCACCUGUUCUUACAGCCUCUACAGAAAUACUCGCGGACGACCGGGUGGACCCGGAAUACGUUGUUGUACAGUCGCUCCGUAGACCCUCCUCGGUGCGCUCCUUAAGUCUUUCGGAACAGCAACAGCAGCAACAGCAACAGCAACUGGCAAUCAUCACUCCAGUUGUUUCCUCUUCUUCAAUAUCGUCAACUGGUGGGAAAGGAACAACAUCAUUAGCAUCCUCACCUAUCCGCACUAACUUAGCUCCCAGACCAACUCUUUCCAACAGAGCCUCCUUUUCUUCUACAGCAUCUUAUACUUUACGGUCUAGCGUUCCAGGAAGUCCAACUCCUCAUCAUUACAUUACUGCAGGAUCAGUACCAUCCAGUUCGGUCUGUUGUCGGUCAUCUUCUCCAGUAUUAUGCAGUCAUAAUAAUAACACAAACAACAAUAAUAGCCUUUUUACCAAUCCCUUUGGGAAAGGUGGAAGCAUCCCGGCAGAGGUCAUCCCCUUUAGUUCUGGAGGUUUACACCAUAACAGUAGCAAUAGCAGUAGCAGUAGUAGUAGCAACAGCAGUAAUAGUAUUAGUAGAAGCAACAGCAGUAGAAGCAAUAGCAGUAAUAACGGCAACAACGGCAACAACGGCAACAACCAGCAAACCCUUCAUGGUCAUUUAAACUCUUCAUCUUCAUACUCUUCAGCGUCAUCUCAUGAUCAUCAUACCCAACAAAACCCUCCUCUGGUACAAGAUGCAAGACAACCCAGAGACCUGCGGGUCUUGAGCUUUUGUUCCUUUGCAGACUUGAUGUCUACUGAACAACAUGCACAACAAGCUGCUUCCACUGCUCCAAGUGCUUCAAGUGCUUCAAGUGCUUCAAGUGCUCCCAGUGCUGCCACUACGACAACUACUACAACCACUAAUGCCACAUCACUCUAUCCUUCCUCCUCAGAUCUUCUUAGAGGGAACCAUUCUACCUCCUCCUUAACCAGUGCUACAACCACCACUGCAGACACAUUCUCCUUAUCUUCACCUGCCUCAAUGUCACCAGACCUUUUCCUAUCUUCCUCCUCUCCACCAUCCUCCUCCUCUUUCCCCUCUUCCUCUUCUUCUUCCUCCUCCCCAGUACCCAUUUUGGGUCCUGCUCAUAAUCGUGCCCCGUCUAGGAAAGCAUCAUCUUUUUCCUUUUCCUUCUCAGAUGAGUCUGUGGCUGCUGCCAGUGGCUACGAUUCGGAAAUUGCAGACGAGGGAAUGGAAAUGUCUUCCUUGGGAGAAACCCUCCGUCGUAACACUGAUGAGAUUUACCUUUAG